AUGACUGACUAUGGCAAGCCAAUGAUAGUGCAAAAUUUCAUUUUUGAUACUAAUAAAAAAGAAGUAGUUGUUAGCCAGGUAUACAAAGACAAGGCUACACUUCAGGCUGUAAUGCAUAACUAUUCAAUUGAUCACCAAUUUACUACCAAAGUACCUAGGUCUAAUUCCAGCAGAUCAAUCGUUAUAGUUGAUGGAAGCCAACUCAAAUCAAUAUACAUAGGGACAUUUGUCUGUGCUAGUACUUUAGAUGGUGCAGGUAACAUAUUACCAUUAGUAUAUGGAGUGACUGAUUCAGAAAAUGAUGCUUCAUGGACUUGUUUUUUUGAGCAACUUAAGAAAGCUUAUGGUCAGAGGCCAGAGAUGUGCAUUGUUUCUGAUAGAAAUGAGAAUGUGAGAGUUAAGGAAUAUUUGGAGUUGGCAGGAUAUGACAAAUGGUCAAGGGUGUAUGCGCCUGUUCACAGAGGAUGGACAAUAACAUCAAAUAUUAUAAGGUCUAUUAAUUCAGCACUGGUAAUAGCAAGAGAGAAGCCAAUUUAUAAUUUUCUUGAAGAAGUGAGAAAGAUGUUUGGGCAAUGGAAUUACACUAAUAGGCAAAAUGCUUACUUCACAUCCACAACACUUGGCAUGAAAUUUCAGGAGAUUAUAAUGAAUGAUACUCUAUCAGCACGCGUGACGGUAACACCGUCAACAGACUACCGAUAUGCAAUAAAUGACAAAGGAAAAACCUUUAUUAUCUGCCUUGAAAACAAAAAAUCCCAUUGUGGACAGUUUCAAUAUGAUGAAAUACCAUGCUUACAUGUAUUGGCUAUUUUAAACAAGAAGAAAUUCAAAUUAGGUCCAUAUUACUCAGAAUAUUACAAGCCAGAAAAUGUGUUGAAAACAUAUGAGAUUCCUGUGUAUCCUUUUUCGGAUGUGACUGACCGGUAG